GCGCGCAGUAGGCGGCGGCGCGGGCCCAUGGAGCUGCGGCUCGCGCUCGGGCUGGCGCUGCUGCUGGUGCGGCCGCCGUCGGGCCGCGCUGGGGCCCCCGAGGCGCAGGAUCCCACGGCGCUCGGCACGACGGCCCCGCCGGGAGGCGACCGCUGCCGCGGCUACUACGACGUGAUGGGCCAGUGGGACCCGCCCUUCAACUGCAGCUCCGGCGCCUACAGCUUCUGCUGCGGCACGUGCGGCUACCGCUUCUGCUGCCACGACGGCCCGCGGCGCCUCGACCAGAGCCGCUGCUCCAACUACGACACGCCAGCCUGGGUGCAGACUGGCCGGCCACCCGCGCGCGCCCGCGACGCCGCCGCGCCCCGGGACCCGGGCCGCGAGCGCAGCCACACGGCCGUCUACGCGGUGUGCGGCGUCGCCGCGCUGCUCGUGCUGGCCGGCAUCGGGGCGCGCCUGGGCCUGGAGAGGGCGCAGAGCCCUCGCGCGCGGCGCACCGUGACCAGGACACUGACGGAACUUCUGAAGCAGCCGGGCCCUGAGGAGCCACUGCCCCCACCGCUGGGCCCACCCCUGGGUAGCUGUGUCCAGGUGCAGAUGGGUGAUGGCCUCUCCCGGGGCUCCCCCCACAACAGCACAGACAAAAAACGCCCCAACAACGCGCCGCUGGUGUCGGCGACCCCGGGACCCCCGCGUAGACCCCGGCUGCAGGGCGGCGGCAGCAUGACUCUGCAGCCCGACUACGCCAAGUUCGCCACCCUCAAGGCCGCCGUGCUCAAGGCCGCAGAGGGCGCCCCUCAGGACUUCUGCCAGCGGUUCUCGGCCACGGAGUCGGCCCCGCUGACCCUCCCGGCGCGGACCCCGCGGCCUCCCGAGGACUUGCCCGCGAUGCUCGACGCCUGCCCCUGGGCCCCGCCGGGCUAUGCGCCCCCCGCCGGCCCCGCACCCACGAGCCACUACAAGGCCUGGGCCGCGGGCUGCCCAGUCGGGCCAGUCCUCCGCGGCCACCUGGCGGCCCAGGCCUCCCCGGCGCCCCAGCGGCCGGGCCACGUGCCCCGCAGCCAGUUCAGCGUGGAGAAGCUGCCCGCGGCCUUCAGCUCGCACCCCCGCGGCCUUUAUGGCAGUGCGGGCCGCGGACCCCGGCACCUGAGCACCAACAGCAAGACAGAGGUCACUGUGUGAAGAUGGGCUGCGGCCCACCUGAGGCAUGGCCAGGAGUCCCCGUCCACCCAGGUGCUGCCGUCAGCCCGGGCCGCCACUGAGCCACGGGGAAGAGGAGCCCGGGGCCCUCCAAACGGGGACCGCCAGCCCUUAGCCUGCCCAAACUGGGCUGGGGGGCCUUGGAGCCUGCAGGGCUGAGAAGGGGCCAUAGGGCUGGGCAAGUGGUGCUGGCCUGGGGGUUCCAAGGCCCGAGUUUCUCCUGUAAAUCAACCCUUUUCUGUGGUUUCCACCCCUGAGAAUAAAGACGGAGCCCCAGCUUGGCUGGGAGAGGAGCUGA